CGUGGUAUGCGUGGUGGCCGUGUUAUCUCGACGAUAAUUUAUGAUACUGCUUAUCUAAAACUUUAACAUUUUCUUCGCGUUUAGUGAAUCAAGUGAGUCUGGUUACAAACGGUCGUCAUAUUGCAUAUGCAUGUCCGUUUUUUUUUCUGCGAAGAUCGUGGCAUUAUUAAGUGCAAAGAUCGGUGCUGCAAUAUGUGACUUAUUAUAAAAAAUCGAUAAAUUUGAGAACAGUGUGUAACAUUGAAAAUAUAAAGGAUAUAAAGGAAGAAUAUAAAAGAUGCCAGGUACUUUGACAUAUCCAAUCUAUGCUGGCGUUGAUUCACUCCCUCCUAGAAGACGCGCUUAUACCUGGAAUGCACAGCAUCGUUCUGCAUCACGUGUAGCAGAAGUUAAUGCGCAGCUUGGUCGAGUAUCGUUAUCAGAGUCUUCGGGAGACGAUACAACAAGCAAGUUGAGAUUAAAAGUAAUCGCUGGGCAUCACUUAGCUAAGAAAGAUAUUUUUGGUGCAAGUGAUCCCUAUGUUCGCGUUGAUUUGAAUACAAUAAAUGGUGAUCAGACCAUAGAUUCUGCACUUACAAGAACUAAAAAAAAGACAUUGAAUCCUGUCUGGGAAGAAGAAUUUAUAUUUAGAGUUAAACCAGUAGAACACAAAUUGGUCUUACAAGUUUUCGAUGAAAAUAGAUUGACAAGAGAUGAUUUUCUUGGUAUGGUAGAAUUAACAUUGAUUAAUUUACCAAAGGAACAAGAAGGACGCGCUAUUCCUGCUAGGAAUUAUGUACUUCGUCCACGUAGUAAUCAUUCCAGUCAGCGAUCGCGAGUUAAGGGAACAUUGGAACUGUAUCAUGCAUACAUUUCCGACUCAUCUAGUAUUGAAAAUGACAAUGGAGAUGUAUCAGAUUCGGGUGGAUGGGAACUAGUACAGCCAGAAAAUAACACACCAGUAGAACAAGCUGCAGAUAUUACAAUGGUUAAUAGGCCAUUACCACCAGGAUGGGAAGAAAGGCAGGAUGCAAAUGGUCGUACAUACUAUGUUAAUCAUAUAGCGCGUUUUACACAAUGGGAACGGCCAGAACCGGAUACAACAGCGAUGAGUGGAAUUGUUGAACAACGUAAUUUGGAUACAGCGGCUACUGAAUUUCAACGACGAUUUCACAUUAGUGCUGAUGAUGAAGGGAGACAUAGAAAUUCGGUAGUAAAUCAGGAUGGUGAAGUUCUACGCGAGGAUGACAAUGAAGAUUCGGAAGCAAGAGAUUGUGAGGGUGGGGAUCAUAGGGGAGGGGGUAUUGGGGAUACUUCUUCAGACUCUGGACGUUCUGUCGAUCAACAUUACUACAGAUUUGUCUACCUUAACGAAUCUGAAGAGCAGACUGAUGAUAAUGUUGAUAGUCCAGCUGGUUCAAGACGUUCAUCAGAACAGAGCGAAAAUCCCAAACCUAUUCUUCCCAUGUCCAAUGAUGAAGGAUUGCCACCUGGAUGGGGCAUGCAAGUAGCACCUAAUGGUAGAAUAUUUUUUAUUGAUCACAAUGAGAGGACAACAACUUGGAUUGAUCCUAGAACAGGGAGACCAAGUUCUAUACCUAAUCAUAUUGCACCAUCGACGACACCAAGAAGUGAUAUAGAUCAAUUAGGACCACUUCCAGAAGGUUGGGAGGAAAGAGUCCAUACUGAUGGACGAAUUUUCUUCAUAGAUCAUAAUACAAGGACAACACAAUGGGAAGACCCACGUAUGUCUAAUCCUCAAAUUGCUGGCCCAGCUGUACCGUAUUCUAGGGAUUACAAGCGUAAAUAUGAAUAUCUAAAAUCACAAUUAAGAAAGCCUAAUAAUGUUCCUAAUAAGUUUGAGAUAAAAGUCGGACGGAACAAUAUUUUGGAAGAUUCAUAUCGUAUUAUAAGUUCUGUUAAUAGAGUCGAUAUUCUAAAGACAAAAUUGUGGGUAGAAUUUGAAGGUGAAAUAGGUUUAGAUUAUGGUGGCCUUGCAAGAGAAUGGUUCUUUUUAUUGUCUAAGGAAAUGUUUAAUCCAUAUUAUGGACUUUUUGAAUACUCUGCAACAGAUAAUUAUACACUCCAAAUUAAUCCCUGUUCUGGUGUAUGUAAUGAAGAGCAUUUGAAUUACUUUAAAUUUAUUGGCCGUAUAGCAGGGAUGGCUGUUUAUCAUGGCAAGCUUUUGGAUGCUUUCUUUAUUCGACCAUUUUACAAAAUGAUGUUGGGUAAACCAAUUGAUUUGAAAGACAUGGAGAGUGUUGAUUCAGAAUAUUAUAAUUCUCUUCUAUGGAUUAAAGAGAAUGAUCCCAGUGAGUUAGAACUCACUUUCUGUUUGGACGAAGAAAGCUUUGGCCAUACUUCUCAAAGAGAAUUAAAGCCAGAUGGUGCUAAUAUUCCUUUGACAGAUGAAAAUAAGGAUGAAUAUAUAAGUUUAGUCAUACAAUGGCGAUUUGUAUCUCGUGUGCAAGAACAAAUGAAUGCCUUUUUAGAAGGUUUUAAUGCUCUUAUACCAUCAACAUUGGUGAAAAUAUUUGAUGAACAUGAACUAGAGCUGUUGAUGUGUGGUAUACAGCAUAUUGAUGUGAAAGACUGGAAACAAAAUACUUUAUAUAAAGGAGACUAUCAUGCAAAUCAUAUUGUUGUGCAAUGGUUUUGGAGAGUUGUUCUGUCAUUUAGUAAUGAAAUGCGUUCUAGAUUAUUACAAUUUGUGACUGGCACAUCUCGUGUGCCGAUGAAUGGAUUCAAAGAACUUUAUGGUAGUAAUGGACCGCAAUUAUUCACAAUUGAGAGAUGGGGUACCCCAGAAAAUUAUCCAAGAGCUCAUACUUGUUUUAAUCGAAUUGACCUUCCUCCAUAUAAAAGUUAUCAACAACUCAGGGAUAAAUUAGUUAAAGCCAUUGAAGGUUCUCAAGGUUUUGCUGGAGUCGACUAGCACGAAAUACCUUUAUUCAUGAUGAUAUCUGUAAUAUAAUGUAUAUAUUACAUAUAUAUCUAUAUAGGUACACAGAGAAGUAUAUCUGUCCUAUAACUUGAUUAUCUCUAUUUAAAAGUUCUUGCACUUUAAGAAUUUAGUUGUCCUGUAAUUAUGAGCGACAACAUUAAAACAUUGAGAAUAAUAUUGAUAAAAAAUUUAAAUUGUUUAAUUAUUCUAAAUAACUUUAAUUAUCUUUAUAUAAUAACUUCAAGUCUUUCAGUAUAUUGAACUUUAAACAAAAGAGAGAUAUCCAUUAUAUUUAAUAAAAAAUAUUUCCUUAAUCUCUGAAAUGCAAUUGUAUAAUUAAUCUACUUUUACAGAUAUGCCAUAUUUUUACUAUUUCAACUUUAGAAUUUAUUAAAAGAAGUGAUUUGGCUGCUAUAACAAUGUGAUAUUGUGAUAUUGAUUUAUUAAUUGAUUGUUCUCAUUUGUUAAUAAUACUAAAACCUUGUGUUAUACGAAGUAUGAUCUAUAGAAAAGAUUAUGUAACACCAAACUAUGACAAACUAUUUCAAAAUGUCAUACUAAUUAUAUGAGAACAAAGAACAAUCAAUAUUAGUCUGUGACUUGAAGAUGAAAGAACAAAUGCACUAUAUAUAUCUGUGCUCAUAUGCAUUCUUUUUUUUUACUUUUACAUGAUAUUAAUAUGAUAUAAUGUUGUCGUGCUCAAUAUAAAUUAAAUUCUUAAAACAAAAAAUUGCACUUAAGAUUUUGCACUUGAGAAAUUUUGGUAAAAAAAAUUGCUUAAUUUUCGCUUAACUUUUAAAGAAUUUAAUCUAUAGUUUUAUAUCACAUCAAAAAUAUUUAAAAUUAUAAUUAGUUUAAACAGUAUAUAACUAUUAAACAUAUAUAUAUUGUGGAUAUUGAGAUAUUACUCUUCAUAACUUUAAUUUUUAUGCUACAUCAAAUUCUACUUUUCUUUUUUUCAAUUUUAAUAGUAUGCAAAGAUUUAAUAUUUAUCUAAAUUGUUUGCCUUUGUGAAAAUAUAAGUAAAAACACACACACACACACACACACACACACAUAUAUAUAUAUAUAUAUAAACUGACCUAUCUUUUUUUGUUUAUAUAUGUUGUUUUUUUUUAUGAUCACUUAAUAGUAAGAAAUAACAUUGCAUAAAAAUCCUGUUAUAAAAAAAUAUAUACUUCUAUCGUGUAUAGAAGUAUAUAAAUAUAAAAAAAUGGUUUUUUGUUUUAAUUAUGUUAUAGAGAAAAAUCAAGUUCAGUUUGAAAUUUAAAAUUAAUAAAGCAAAAAUUUGAUUUUUUUUAUAUUAAGAUAUAUAAUUUUUAGAAUAAAUUAUAAUAUAUAUAAGAAGAUAAAUUUAUAUAGAUUCUUCAUAUUAACAUAUAAAACAUGCAGGACAUUAAAGCAUACUAAACUUAUUUGUAAAAUAAAUAUUUUGAUAAUUAUUAGGAAAUUAAAUGGUUAAAAUUUAAUUUAAGGAUUAAUUGAAUUGAUUACAAAUUAUAUCGUUAAUCUUUUUCUUCUUGCUUGUUUUUCUAAAUUCAAUAAUGAUUUAAAAAUAUAUAUUGUAUGUGCUUAGAUAGCAUAAUUGUAUAGUUUAUUAAAUGAAGGAACACAAAUUAAUUAUGAAAUUGUUUCUUGAAAAUCUAAUCAUCCGUAUAUUUUGUCAAUAUUCUGGUAUAAUAACAUUCAAAAUAAUUUCGAAAAUAAUUAAAUUUGCUCCUUUUUAAUCGAAAAUGACAAAAUUGAUGUCAAAUACGAAUGUUUAUCUUGUAUAACAUUUAUUCAUAAAACUAUAUACAUUCUGAAGGACACAGAGUUGAUAUAACAUUCCAUCCUAUUUGUACAGUUUAUUUUAUUGUAGACACACAUUCAUACGUCCCAUUAGAUAAUAAAUAACAUUAUCAUGGCAGAAAUUUUGUGGCCUUAAAUUCUGGUUAUGAAAUUUCUUAUUUGAAUAAGUCUCUCGUUCGUAUAAUCUUAGAUUUUUAUGAUAAUUAAAUGCGCUAAUUAUUCGCUGAUAAAUGAAUAUUUUUUUAAACUCUUUCAUCUUCAUAUUAGAUUCACAGAAAGAUAUGUAUAUUAGCUUACAUUUUUAAUUUGUUAGCAUUUUUCAUAGCGGGAAAAUUACAAGUUUAAUUCAGUGUAAUCUAAUAUGUUAUGAAGUGUGAGUAAAACUUCAAGCUCAUUAUUGAAGCAAACAGCUAACGUGCAAUCCAAUCUUUAUAAACUAAAAUGAAAAUUAGAUAAAAUUGUCAUUAUGUGCGCGUACAGUACAAUGUUCUUUAAGUCUGCCUUUCAAAGCUGUUUUCUGUUUCUUUAUAUUAAUUUUCAAUCUAUUUUUUUAAAUAUAGAAUCUCUUUCGGAAUCUUUAUUCCGGUAGCGAGAGAGAUUAAUUUUAUUUGUUUAAAAAUUAUUUAACAUAUAUCACAUGAAAUUUUCUUUGCAGACAGUGUAGCCAUGCAAUACAUGACAUAUAUAAUUAAUGGACUUAUAGAACAUUGUCACGGUAUAAUGUAAACGAUGCGAGAGACUCAUAAAUUUUUGUAAUUACAUAUAAGUAUAUGCUCUACAUAAAUUGUAGUUUCUUGUAUUAUAUUCUCCUUAUAUAAAAAAAGUUAUAAAUACAAAAACGCAUUAAUAGUAAGAUAUCUAAUGAAUUUAAUAGUCGCGUUUAGUAUUCUAUGUACUGCAUAAACCUUUUUACAGAAACCAGCGAGUUAAAGUUGUAUUUAUCUGUAAAAAUUGUGACGAUAUCAAAAAAGAAGAUUUAAAAAUAUAGGUAUUAUCAUAGAUAGAUAUUUUGUUUGAAAAUGACGGCAUUUAUGCUUCAUCUAUAUAAAUAUUUUUAAUUCGUAAAACUUAAUGCCUUAUAAUAAUUAUAUCACGCAUUACAACAUAUCUACUUAAUGUUUGCAUUAUUUACCGAUGUAUUGAGCUUACUGCUGCGUCAGAUAGCUAUUAUUUUUUUAUAAACACUUAAAGAGCGUGUCUUUAUCUAUAUGUCAAUUAUCUAGACAUUUACCAACGCCUUAUUUAAUUUAUGAAAACAGAAAGAGACUUAAUUGUUUUUAAGCUAGUUCAAUGUGGUACACAUACGUUUUAUUUACUUACGUCUGCAUGAACUGAAAGAAAUGCGUGACUUAAUUAUGUUAUAUCCUAUUAAUCCGUAUGUAAAUAUAACAAAAAAUAUAUACAAAUACGUUGUAAUAUAUAUAUAUGUAUAAAAAAACGAGCGCUUCUAUAUCGCAGUUGCAACGAGGAAUACGUAAAAAAAUAUGCUUACUGUGUUAUAUCCUUGCGUUACGAUUAUUAAUUAUACUAACGAAAUGGUGGAGUUUUCAAUCAUAAAUUUUAAACAUUAAUAAUAUUAUAUUUAAUGAAAUUAAUAUUACGAAACAAAUUAUGUUCUUAUAUAAUAUUGUGGAAAACCAGACACUAUAUAUGCAAAUAAAUUAUAUUAAAAAGUUGCA